AUGGAUUCUGACGAGUCUAUGCUCAGUCUUGAGGACGAGUCUGAUGGCUUCGUUCCCGAAACUAAAGCGAAGCCCAAAGCCGCGCCCAAAAAGCCUGCCGCGCCCAAAAAGAUGGUGCAAUCAACCCUCAAAACAAAGGCCCAGCCUAAGAAGCGCCCUACUCCAGAGAGCGAUAACGACGAUGCGAGUGUUGCCUCCGAUGCCUCCAACACGCCGCCCAAGGCGAAGAAGCAAAAAAAGGAGGCCGAGGACGACGACAUGGCUAUUGACAGCCCUGCCAAACCUGCUAAGCAGAAGACGGCCACCGAAAUGUACACAAAACUCACACAGCUCCAACACAUUCUCAAGCGACCUGACACGUAUAUCGGUUCUGUUGAAAAAACAGAACAGCAACUAUGGGUUCUAAACAAAGAGACUCAACUCAUGGAGUACAAAGCUAUCAAUUUUGUGCCUGGUCUCUACAAAAUUUUUGACGAGAUUCUGGUCAACGCUGCCGACAACAAGCAGCGCGACAGCUCCAUGACAUACAUGAAGAUCAAUAUUGACCGUGAGGCCGGUGUGAUCAGCGUUGAGAACAACGGAAAGGGCAUUCCUAUCGUGCUUCACGAAAAAGAGAAUAUUUACAUUCCUGAACUCAUUUUCGGACAUUUGUUGGCAGGUUCCAACUUCGACGAUGACGAGAAGAAGACCGUCGGUGGUCGUAACGGUUACGGUGCCAAGCUAUGCAACGUCUUCAGUACCGAGUUUAAUCUCGAGUGUCAGGACAGUGUAAGCGGGAAGAGGUACAAGCAGACAUGGACCAACAACAUGAACACGAUGCACAAGGCCAAAAUCACUGCUAGCAAAACCGCCAGCUAUACCAAAAUUACUUUCAAGCCUGAUUUCAAGCGCUUUGGUAUGGAAGACGGCAUUGACGACGACCUGGAAUCAUUGAUGUAUCGAAGAGUCUACGACAUGGUGGGUACGAUCAGAGGCAUCAAAGUAUUCCUCAACGGAGAGCAAGUCAAGAUCAAGGACUUCAAGGCUUACUGUGAUCUUUACGCCAAGUCUAUCGCAAAGGACAGAAGCGACGAGGAGGGCGGCGCUCCUACCUGCACAGUGGAGAUGGAUAAGGAUAAGUCGCAUCCUCGAUGGGAAGUGGGCUUCGCUGUCUCUGACGGCACUUUCCAACAAGUCUCAUUUGUCAACUCUAUCGCGACCACGGCUGGCGGUACUCACGUCAACUAUAUUGCUGAUCAGAUUACCAAAAGUCUUCUCAACGCUCUGAACAAGAAGCGCAAGGGUCACACUUUGAAGCAAAACCACCUUCGUAAUCACAUCUUCGUUUUCAUCAAUUGCUAUAUCGACAACCCUGCCUUUUCUUCACAGACCAAGGAGCAGAUGACAACCAAGGCUAGCCAAUUUGGUAGCAAAUGCGUACUAGGUGACGAUUUCCUCAAAAAGGUGGCAAAGUCCGAUGCCAUCCAGAACAUCUUGGACUUUGCGGAGAAGAAGGCCGAUAAAAUGAUGGCCAAAAGUGAUGGCAACAAGCGAUCAAGAGUGAACAAUGCCAAGCUGGUCGAGGCUAACUUUGCCGGUACAAGAAGAGGUCAUGAAUGUACUUUGAUUCUGACAGAAGGUGACUCUGCCAAGGGUUUGGCUGUUUCUGGCCGUGCCAUCCUCGACCCUGACCGAAUCGGUGUCUUCCCGCUGCGUGGAAAGCUGCUUAACGUUCGUGACGCUUCGCCUGAUCAGAUCGCAAAAAACCAAGAGAUCCAGAACAUCAAGCAAUUCCUGGGACUCAAGCACAAAACAUCUUACACUGACACAAAAAACCUCCGAUAUGGUCAUCUAAUGAUCAUGGCUGAUCAGGAUCAUGAUGGUAGUCAUAUCAAAGGACUUCUCAUCAAUUUUCUUGAGGUCCAAUUCCCAUCUCUUCUCCGGAUCCCCGAUUUCUUCAGGGAAUUCAUUACCCCCAUUGUCAAAGUCUGGCAAGGCUCAAACCCCAAGAAGCCCCAGAAACUCAAAUCUUUCUUCACGCAGCCCGAAUACGAAGAGUGGAAGGAUGUCCACAAAAACGAGCUCACUCGGUGGCAUUCUAAGUACUUCAAGGGUCUGGGAACCAGCUCCAACGAGGAUGCACAAGUCUACUUCACCAAUCUUGAUGACCAUUUGAAAGAAUUUGAAGUGAUGAAACCCGAAGAAUCCAAGAUGUUGGAGUUGGCCUUUUCCAAGAAAAAGGCGGAUGCGAGAAAAGAAUGGUUGGGCAAUUUCGUGCCUGGUACUUUCCUGGAUCAUUCGGCCAAGCAAAUCUGCUACUCUGACUUCAUCAACAGAGAACUUAUUCUCUUCAGUAUGGCUGACAACAUGCGAUCUAUUCCAUCUGUUCUGGAUGGAUUUAAGCCCGGUCAGCGCAAGGUGAUCUACGCAUGCUUCAAGAGAAACUUGAUCAAAGACAAGAAGGUUGUUGAAUUGGCAGGUUAUGUGUCUGAACAGACGGCAUACCACCACGGUGAACAGUCACUUCAACAAACCAUCAUUGGUCUUGCUCAGAACUUCGUGGGUUCCAACAACAUCAACUGCCUGGAACCUAGUGGAAACUUCGGUUCUCGGCUUGCAGGUGGUUCUGAUGCUGCUAGUCCUCGUUAUACGUUCACUCGAUUGUCACCUUUUGCCCGCAAAAUCUUCCACCCCAUGGAUGAGCCCAACCUGCUACACCAUUAUGAAGAUGGCAAGAAAAUUGAGCCAAUGGUAUAUGCUCCAAUUCUUCCCAUGGUACUAGUCAACGGCGCCGAUGGUAUUGGCACAGGUUGGAGUAGUAACAUUCCCAACUACCAUCCUGCAGAUAUCGUUCAAAACUUGAGGCGUCGAAUGGGUCGCUUCGACGAGAAUGACACAGAAGAGAAACCUUUCGAAACCAUGAUGCCUUGGUUCCGUGGUUGGAAGGGUACUCCUGAGGCUGCUGGGCCCGACCGUUACAAGUUCAAUGGUGUCGCAGAGCUCAACGAACAAAAGGAUAACGAGGUCAUUAUUACAGAACUGCCCAUCCGUAUGUGGACAGAUGAUUUCAAGGCAAAACUGGAAAAGAUCAUUUCCGGCGAAGGAGGCCCUUCGUGGAUCAAAGAUUACAAAGAGUUCAAUGACCACAGCACUGUUCAUUUUGAGAUUGCUGUGGACGAAAAGCACAUGGGCAAAGUAAUGGAGGAGGGUAUCCUUGAGCGAUUCAAGCUUACCAAGCAGGUCGCAACCUCCAACUUGGUUGCAUUCGACACCAGCGGCCGAAUUCGCAAGUACGAGAAGGUCGAAGAGAUCCUCGAAGAGUUUUACCAGUAUCGUCUCGACAUGUAUACUGAUCGCAAGAAACACUGGCUGGGGGUUUACCACGCAGAUUUGCGCAAGCUCCAGAACCAAGCAAGAUUUAUCAAAGAGAUUAUUGACAACAAACUUGUGGUCGGUAAAAAGAAGAAGGCCGUGCUUGUACAGGAGCUUCGAGAUCGUGAUUACGAGGCGUUUCCUCCCCGUGGGGACAAGAAGAAGACGGCGGACGAAGAAGAAGACGAGGAGGACAACCAGGACGUCGAAGGGGACUCGGAGGGUGGUGCCCGUGAUUACGACUAUCUUCUCUCGAUGCCUAUCUGGUCAUUGACUGCUGAGCGACUUGAAAAACUCAAACUCGCCAUCGAGAAGAAGGAGGCUGAGCACGAGGAGCUUCUCGCUCUCAGUGAGAAGGAUCUCUGGUGCCGUGACCUUGAUGAUUUCAUGACUGAGUGGGAGAAUCAGCUUGCAGUCGAUGCUGAAAUCAAGACGAACAUCCGUCGCUUGGGCCGCCGCGUUUCUAAAAAGAUAGGUGCUGGCACCGCUCGUGGCCGCAAAGCCAAGGAUGAUGACGACUACGCGCCUGAGAAGAAGGCACGUGCGAAACCCAAGGCUGCUGCCACAACAGCCAAGCCGGCUCCUAAGCCAGUCAAGGUGGAAACGAAGAGUGCUCAACGAUUUGCCGAUAUGUUCAGCUCGAAACCAAAGGUCAAGAAGGAGCCUACAGCCGACGUCAUGGAGCUCUCAGAUGCCUUCUCUGACGACGACUAUGCCGCCCUGAGCCGCAGCAAGUCGUCGGCACCUGCAUUGAAGACAUCCCAGUCGCCACCGACCGAAGCACCAGGCACUGGACGAGCCAAGCGCGCUGCUGCAUCUAAGAUGAAGACGGUCAUCGACGACGACUCUGAAAGUGAUGACGACCAGAUGCUUGGUGAUGUUGGUGCCCUAGUUAAGGGCAUUGACAAACCAGCUGGUGACGGUGAAAAGGGCAGAUUUAGUUUGCAUGCUAUGAGCCGACCAGACUCCAGCCACGGCAAUACCAGCAACAGUGGACUUCCGAAGGCCAAGGCCAAGUCGGCCAAGGCGUUCGACUUUGAAGACGAUAGUCCUGACGAUACGAACUACGAACUGCUUGCUAAGUCGUCACCACACAAGACGGCGGCCAAGGAUGAUCACAUUGAUAGCUUCCUUUCUGACGACGAGCCUUUCGUAGCUCCAGCCAAGCCAACAUCUGCCAAGUCCAAAUCUACGGGUACCGAGUCUGAGGACCCAACACCGGCUGGCCUUGCCACUGUCAAGAAGGGUCGGGGUCGUCCCGCUGGUGCUAAGAACAAAGAGGCGACGAAACCCAAGACCGCUCCCAAGGCAGCCACAAAGGUUACAAAGACAGCAGCGUCUAAGGUUGCUUCACGCCCCGCCACUAAGCAGACCACUCUUUCGCCAGCAGCUAAGGCAUACGCCGCGAAAAAGGCUGUCAAGAAGCCGGUACUCGACGAUGACUCGGAUGAAGACAUGGCCGAGCCUGACUCGCCACCUCCUAAGGCUGCUGCGAGGGCGCGGCCUGGACGUGCUGCCGCCGCAAGACGACCCAUUGUUGUUGACGAUGAUUCUUCGGUAGGGCAACCAGAUGAGAGCGAUGAUCCUUUCUCAAUGGAUGAUGAUGAAGACUAG